AUACCACUCUACUUCCCGUAUAAGCUGUGAUGCUAACGCGGUUCCUAGGGCAAGGCCCACGGAGGACAAACAACCACACUAGUUUUGAGCUCCAGAUCUCCUGUGCCGAAGAGAUGAACUGUACACCUUAUACGCACAUCCUCUGCCGGGACGGCCGCAUCUCGCAGAUCCGGUCCUGGUUCCUCACAGAUCCAGAGCACGGUUGCAUGCCCUUCGACUUCGAUUGGGCCGAGUUCGACACGCUCGCGUCGCGGUGUCACGAGCUCGCCGAGGUGCGCAUGUACCUGGGUCCAGAUCGCACCUACGUCGCCGAGUUCGCCGACGGCAUGACGCAGCGGCUGCGGCACGUCCAUGGCACGGGGAAACUAAACAUCUGGUAUGAGGGCAUGGAGGACGAGGACGAGGUCUGGCACACAUGGAAGUUUAACACUCAUGUAGACGGCGAUGAUGCCUAGGAACUGACCGGCGUCUUCGCUGGACGCCGCCCCUCGCCGAUGCUGCGCGAUCGUCUGCUAGUGCCAGUGGCGACGUCCCGUACAGCCGCGAGGCCAGCACACGGCUUUAACUAUGCCUUUUCCUACUCCAUCCGCCCCUAGUCGUUGUCAUGACUGUGCUUUUACCCUCCGCUAUUCUUGGCUGCGUCCUUGCACUGGCAGCUGGAUCAAUCUACCACUUCGAUUCUGCCCAUUGCCGAUCUUCAAGCACGCUCUAAAUGUCCUCGUGCUUGUUGCAUGUUCUGAGUUGCAUGAUAUCGCACACCCAUCUUCCGACGCUACAUUUCGCAGAGGACAUCUCCGGUCUUUUAUCCUUCAGACGUUCGUGAGUGCGUUAUUAACACUGUGGUUGGGGACACGGGACCAGGAUGUCCCACAGUAGACGAAUUGGCCGCACAUGACUCUGUGGCUUGCAGGAUUCUGGCCGUUCGUAACGGCCAUUCAUGGCCUAUCUGGUCAACACGAUCGUUGCACUUGCUCUACGGGCCGCUUCCGAGAAGCCUGCCGGCGCUGCACCAGCCGCCCAUAGCUCUCUACGAUAUCAAACCACCGCCUUCCGGUCUUGUAAACAUCCUGAACUUUGCUAGCGCGCUCCGGUAGAGGGGCAUAUACUAGGAGCUGUGGCUCACGAACGUCGUGUGGGGCGCGGCUUCCAAUGCCGAGUGCGCACUAGCGACUUUGAGUCUAGACUAGAGGCGCUGCGCGGUGUGCUCAGGUGUGG